AUGUCAGAGAAACUCGAUUCCACCACCACCAACUCCGAAAGCAGGCAGAGGAUCGUGGACGCGCUCGCGAAACUUACGGCGGCGAGGGAGGCUGAGUGGGGGAGAAAAGAGGGGAGACAGAUGGGGGCGGUUCAGAUGGGAAAGGAGGUUCAGAUGGGACAGCUACUGGGGAUAGGGGUGUUUCACGAGGAAGGGGGGAUGAGAAGGAGGGCGGUUGAUGAGGCAUUUACAAUGGAAAAUCUUGAUUGGAACAGGUUCGAAAACAUGCUCCGCCGUGUCAUGAUGGACCAAUGUGAUCGCAAGGACCUUGAGGAGGCGUAUGAAAGGUGGUGUAGUGAGUUCGACCACACCCAGAGCGAUGAGCCAAUGGGGAAGCGAGAGAGACGCUAUUUGCUCUUGGAGACCCUGGGUGAGGAUAUGAAGAAAGGAGAGGUCAGUGUUCAGAAUGAGGAAGAAGAGGUUAAAGUUACAGGUAAGGAGGAGGAGGAGGAGGAGGAGGAGGUGGUGGUGGUGGUGGAGGUGGAGGUUAAGAAGUAG